AUGACCUUUGGCCGGGGUGGCCCGCCGGUGGUGGUGUUGAACGUGGGGGGCACCCGCUACUCUUUCGCUCGGGAGGCGCUGAAGGACUUUCCCCUCCGGCGGGUGAGCCGCCUGCACGGCUGCCGGUCGGACCAAGACGUACUCGAGGUGUGCGACGACUACGACCGCGAGCGGAACGAGUACUUCUUCGACCGGCACUCCGAAGCCUUCGGGUUUAUCCUGCUCUACGUGCGCUACGGCCACCUGCGCUUCGUGCCCCACAUGUGUGAACUCUCCUUCUACAACGAGAUGAUCUACUGGGGCCUGGAGGGAUCCCACCUGGACUAUUGCUGCCAGCGCCGGCUGGACGACCGCAUGUCCGAUACCUAUACCUUCUAUUCGGCGGAAGACAUCCGGACAGAGCCCUCCGGAGGCGGGAGCGGCAGUAGCAAAAGCAGCGGCCAGCCCGAGCCGCCCAAGGACCAAGGGAGCGACGAUGCUGUGGCCCCACCUGGCGCCGGCGAGAAGAAAUGGCUGGAAAGGAUGAGGAGAACUUUCGAGGAGCCCACCUCGUCGGUGGCCGCCCAAAUCCUGGCCAGCAUUUCCAUCCUGUUCGUCAUCGUCUCCAUGGUGGUGCUGUGUGCAAGCACCAUGCCGGAGUGGCGAACAGCUGAGAACCGAAGCCUGGAGGAGCAGAGCAGGUACACAGCAGACUCAAUCAGGGAGCCUUCAGGGAUAAUUGAAGCAAUUUGCAUCGGCUGGUUCACGGCAGAGUGCAUUGUGAGGUUCAUUGUCUCCAAAGACAAGUGUGAGUUUGUUAAGAGACCACUGAACAUCAUUGACUUGCUGGCUAUCACUCCGUAUUAUAUUUCUGUGCUGAUGACAAUUUUUACAGGAGAGAAUUCUCAGCUUCAGAGGGCUGGAGUCACUUUACGGGUUCUGAGAAUGAUGCGGAUUUUUUGGGUGAUUAAAUUGGCCCGCCACUUCAUCGGCCUCCAGACACUCGGCCUGACUUUGAAGCGAUGCUACAGAGAGAUGGUGAUGCUGCUCGUCUUUGUUUGUGUUGCAAUGGCAAUUUUCAGUGCUCUUGCCCAGCUUCUUGAACACGGACUGAAAAUAGGAAAACCCAAUGAAGGUUAUGCAAGCAUUCCUGCUGCUUGCUGGUGGGUUAUCAUCUCCAUGACCACAGUUGGUUAUGGUGAUGUUUGUCCUAUCACGGUACCUGGAAGGAUUCUUGGAGGGAUUUGUGUAGUCAGUGGAAUUGUUUUGCUAGCCCUGCCUAUCACAUUCAUCUACCACAGCUUUGUACAGUGUUACCAUGAGCUCAAGUUCCGGUCUGCUAGAUAUAGCAGGAGUCUUUCUGCAGAAUUUUUAAAUUAACAAAUAGCACAUAUUGUAUUUCAUAGCAGAACUUAAUAUAUUGAAGAAAGUAGUAAGUUCUUCUUCAUUGUUUUCCAUUUUGGUGUCUGAGGAAUUAUGAAGCUGGUACAAUACUCUGUGACUUAAGAGGAAUAUCUCCCUGCUCUGUUUGAGGGAUGGUCAUUUGCUCGUCAGCACAGAAGAGCUGAGAUUCAUAAGGGAGAAAACAUCUUCAUUUAUAUAGUCUCAGCAGGUGUGAAAGUUUCCACACUCAUUUCUCCAAAUGCUGAGAAGUCCUAAAUGGUACACACUAUUUAGAGAUGACCGCAUAUAUGUGUUUUUAAAAUACUCUUGAUUUUGAAACCCAUAUCAAUAAGAAGUGUCCAACCUUUAAUUACCAGGGCCACACGUAACAGCCUGUAGAUAGUCAAGGGCCAAGAUAUUGGGGAUGCAAAAGGACAGAGCCAAGAUGUUCCCCCCUUCAAAGUUUUGAUCAGAAAGAAAGAAUUGCUGUUGUUUUUUAAACUGUGGUAAGUCUAUCUUAGGGGAUUCUGGAGAUAUAUCUCAUGUCAAAAUGGCAGUAAAUGAUGCCACCAGAACUAAACAAGUAAUGGUUGGGACGGCAAAUAUAUUCUUUCAGCCUUAAAUUGCUCCCUUCAUAGAUACAAACAAACAAACAUAUUCACCCAAACAUAUACAUUUAUUUUAAAAAAUUCUGGUCAGAUCCAAGUGUAUGUAGAAGAAACCAAUGAAAAUGACUGAGAUUCGCUAGCUAUCACUAUUUUGUCCAAUUUAUUUCAGUGAAUUUUUUCUAAGUGUAAUUCAGUCUGGAUCUGAAACAAUAUGUACAGGUCUUGGUUUCAAUAUAAGGAACAACGUAACUGAUAUCGUACACUAAGAGUUACAGGGAGAAUUGUGAUUCUUUAUUUUGAAAUGAAAAUUUCAUGUAACUCUUGAAAGUUGGGUAUCUUGAUUCAAUUUGGGGAAGACAAGCUGCUUUUCUAAGAAGAAAAAAUUAAUCAGAAUGGUGGAAUACAAUUGAAUAGUAAUGGUAGUAGCAGUAAUAGUACUAGCAGUAAUGAAGGAUAAUUUUCAGAGUAGACUCAGUGAAGAGUAGACCCAGUGAAGCUCCUUGGAUUGUAGUUUUUUGUUUUAUGAGUUGCAAUUUAUAGUAGGGGUGUUCAACCCUGGCAACUUUAAUAUCAGUGGGCUUCAACUCCCAGAAUUUCCCAGCCAGCAUUUUGGCUGGGGAAUUUUGGGAAUUGAAGGCCACAGGUCUUAAAGUAGCUAAGUUUGUCACUCCUGAUUUAUAGCAAUAGUACAAAUGUUUUUGAGAAAAAUCAUUAUCCUCCCUCCCAAAAUCUGCUAUUGAAGGCAAACACUAAGGCAAAUUUAAAAUCUUCCUGCUGAAAAUUGACAUGAUAUUUUGAAGCACAUAAUGACCACAAAAGAUUUUAAAAUAUCAUAUCACUGCUAGUAGCAUACAUGCUCUUUUUUGUCAUCCUUUUCAGUUACAAGUCUUGCACAUUUCAUCAACAAUAUCAGAAAAACAAAGUUUGAACAGAUACAUAAUUAGAUAAAGGAAUGAUAUUUGAAACACGAACAAUGAUUUCUAUUUCUCAUCCCAGUCUCUUGAAAAGUAUUUAUAUUUCCCUCCAUUUAAUCAUAUGUAAAAUAUCCUCCUUAAUGUCAGAUGCCCUGAGAUAAAUCAUUUUAAAAUACUACUAUAGAGUUUUUCUCAGAAGCUUAUUCAACUAAAAACAUACAAGUAAACUCUAUCAUUUAUUUUCAUAUAAAACAGUGGUUAAAAAUUAUUCCAAAUCCUUUCAUUGAUUUGAAGAAUGAAGAACAUGGCAGUCAAACCAUUACUGCAUUUAAUGAGAUGCUUUAUGGUGCUACUGUCAACUCAGGAAAUAAUCUAAGUUUCUUAAAGUCAAGUAACUUUGUAUUAAAAAAUUCAAAGUAAGUAAAGUUUCCAGAUUAGAGAUUCACAGCUUAGAUGAGAAGCUGUCAUCUCUGGUUUUUUUUUCUGAUAUAUUUUUCUGUGGGCCUAAUUUUUUUCACCUUUAAAAAAAGAGUCUAGGAUUCCAAUCCUAGUAUCUUUUACAUGGCAAUAAGUCAAAGUGAUACAAUGGAACCAAAGAUGAAUUAUUGAAGAGAGCUGUCAAGAAACAUAACUUCGAACUUUGACAAGUUGAUAGAUGUUUUCAGGGAGGGUUUGCUAUGUGAACUAAACAUGACAUGCAGCAAACUAAGCUUCAUUACUAUGAAGACUUGUAAAAAAUACCUUGAAUUUCCCCAUAUCACAAUACAAUACCAGGGCGAUGGUUAUUGAUGAGUUCAGAUCCUUCCUGCCCCAUGACAUGAUUAAACAGCCUUGUGCAGGCUUUUGUCUCACAGUUCAAAUCAGAGAUUGGUAAAAACAUUAGAAGGUCCUAGGGGGAUCAGGCCACUGCCCAUCUUGUGCCCUCUUCUGUCUCACAGAAUGAGCAACUGGAUAGCUUCAGGCAAUAACCUUCAUUGACUAUUGUUUCCCAGCAACUGGUAUUUUGAAGUGUGUUAUUUGGGAUUUAGAAGGUAAUAUUUAUCUGCUCAGCCUGUCUCACACCCUUAAAAACAUUAAAAAAUAAUGGCCAUUACUGUAGUUGAGGGCAAUGAAUUUCAUAGCUUUAACUACCUGUUGUACAAAGAAAUUUUCCUUUUAUCGAUCCUGUUGUGUGAAUAAAAUAGAUAAUGCCAUAACGCAGACCUGAGUGCCUUGGAGGAAGGAUAGAUACAAUUGUGACAGUAAAUAUACAUAGUUCUCUAGGGAAAUCAAACAAAUAUAUACUUGAUAUAUUGAAUAAUUCUCCAAAUUAAAUUUUGCGUGGAAAAAGGCAAUUGACUGUAUUCGUCCAGUUUUUAGAGAAAAAAACCCCAAACCAUCUAGCUAUAUUUCCCCUAAGAUUGUUUUUAUAAUCAUGAGCACUAAAACCUUUCCCCCUUUUAAUAUAAUAAACAUAUUUUGGAUUAUCACAAAACUUACAUCAAUUAUGUUGCAUAUCAACUAUGUUAAUUCAAAUUUAUUAUCUCCAAGUCCAGCAAUGGUAUUAAAAGAAACAUAUCUGAAUAAACACCCUUUCAAAUAAUUUAUUGACUAAACAAAUGAAAAUAAAACUCCUCUGAUUCGCAAGAGGAGCUGCUAGCUAAAUGUAAGUUGUACUAUGUAAAAUAUAGCAUGUGUUCUAUAUUAAAUGUAGAACUUAUUUUUUUUUAAAAAAACAUAUUCUUGUACUACUAAGUGGUACUAUUUAUAUGACUUGAAAAGCUGCCAUAAUGACCUGACUUUGUGCAGAAGAGGAAUAAGAAAUAAUAAGCCAAAGAAAUUAACCAAUGUGGUAAGAAAAAGGAAAGUCAAUAUUAUAAUAAUUUAGUUUAUACCAGAACCAUUCAGUAUUUCUCUUCUUAUCUUUCUACCCUUGCAAAUCAUUCUUGUUACACCCCUGAAAAUCAUUAGACUUCAUGCAUUGUCCUUUGUUCCUUAUAAAUCACUUUUAAAGUUCUCAUCAACUCUACCUGACCAUGACAUUUUAAAUUUUCCCUUUCCAUUGACCCAUUCAUUUUUCCUUCAUAUAUUUAUUUUGAAAUUCAUUCUUAUGACCAAACCAGCUCAACAUAUUUUUAUGCUGUUCAUUCACUUCUUACCUUUUCCCUAAUUUGGAGAACAAUUAUGUCCUUCUUCCCCAGGUGCAUUUUCACACAUGCAUUAGGCAAAUUACAAAAAAUUAAAAUGGAAGCUAUGUACAUCCAUAUUUUAAUCUUUCUCCAAUUAUACCAUCAGAACUUGCAGAUUUAUCAUGUUCUCACAGAGUUUAUUAGUUCCAUUUUUCUUGGGCAUUGAGGGGUUUUCUUUCAACAUACUGCUGUCAUUCCCAUAUACUUCUCUAAAAUUCUUCUUUCAGGAUUCCCACAUUUCAAUUUCAUUCUAAAUCAGCCAUCAGAAUUGCUCUGCAUUUUCUUUUCAUUUUUUCUAGCUGUUCCUUGUUCUUCUUGAUUACAAUCUUUGCAACUCUUUUUUCUAUUAAUACUAUUUUCUUAUGUGUUAAUUUCUCAAUCAUAGCCUCUUUCACUCCAUCAUUUCAUCAGGCAUUACUUUUCAUAGCUCCUAUAUUUCUGUGUUACACGAUUCUUUUCAUUCAAUUCCACAGAGUUUUUACAUUCUCUUGAUGUAUGUUCAAUUUCCAUUCACUUUGUUAGACAUAUGUCUAUAAUAUUUUAUAGCAUUAAUUUCUCUUUUUGCAAGUAUUUCAUUACAAACUUUUUUGCAUCCUUACUUUUCUUUCAUGUCCAUUAUUCUAUCAAUUAUCUCAUCGUGAAUCAUAAAUAAUUAUUUCACGAAGACUUUUUAGUCAAUCUUUGUUCAUGUGUAUGCAUGAAUAGACAUGCUUAAAAUAAGUAUUUAUAUAUUUUUAUACUAUAAUAUUCAUGACUCUUAGUAGCAUGCAAAAAUAAAACAUCCAUUACGAACAUAAAUCCACUAAUAACAUUCAGAAAUGGAAUAAUAAAAGCCCCAAAUAAAACAACAUAUAUUCUGAUAGCAUUAUUUAACAACAAAUCUAGUUUGCUAUAAUGUAAUAAGGUGCUGGACUAGAAACCAGGAGCCUGUGAGUGCUAAUCCUCCUUUAGGCACAAACCCCAGCUGGGUGACACUCUAGGCCAGUCUUCUCUUUUGCCCAAGGUUGGUGGAGGUUAUAAGGAAAAAAAGUAGGCAGGUGCAUUAUGUGCAGCAUCUUUAAUUGUGCAAAAUAAAGUCAGAAUAUAAUCAUAAUAACUCAUAUUAAUUCUAAUUUAAAAAAGAAAACUUCUGGAAGGUUACUUUAACUUGCUUUCAUCAGGCAGGUCUUAUUUCAGAAGUAGCCUGUUGUACUACAUGGCAGUAUGAGAGAAAACUAGUUCCUCCUAAGAUCUAUCCCUUUAUUUCAUAGUCCUGGGGAAUUGCCUGUAUUUUUAUGAUGAUGUUUAUAUAGGAUGGAUUGAUCCUACUAUUUGAAAUAACUAAAAAAUUUUCUAAGACAUUCCCCAUUCUCAUUCAUUCCUGAGUCUCUGAAGAAGCCAAUCACUUUUCUGUAGUUUUGGAGCAGGAUUUUGUCACUCAUCAAUUCAUGUCAACUAGUAGAAUAGUUCUUUCUCCACAACCCCAUUACAUUAAUUCAGAAUGUGGCACAAUUUUUCCCAAAGCUCAUCACUGGUCCUUCCAUUAUCAUCAUUCUCCAAAGCACAAAUGUCACCAAUCUAUGAAAAUCUGCUUUCAUACACACACAACAGAAACCUAGAUGACAUUGAUGUAACCGCAGGAUCAGUAACGGACCCAGAUUGGAUCCUGCAACAUAUUCACCUUCAUAUAUUGAUAUAACUUUCUGACAUACACCCAUAUCUGAAACUACUCCUUCUAUUAUUCAUAUGCUCAUCAACUACCCAAGAUUAGGUCACAUUCAUUCAGAUUUGUUGUCGGCAUUAAGAUUAUGUUUUGCAUAUCUGCCUUAUAUUUCAAUUUGUGUAUGCACCUAAGAAAACAAUAAAGUUGUUACAUGUCUGUGUUCAGAAUAUCUGUUCUUUCGUAUAUAUCUUUAUCAGCCAGAGACUAUUUAUUUAAUUAACCUGUUUAUUAUUUAUUACUGAGCUUCUGUUACUUCAUGUCAGUAAAAGCUGCCUGUAUAUACAAACUGGCAUUCACAUUCUAAUCUAUGAAAAAUCAAAUGAAAGCAAUGGAAUAAGAAAUGUAGUUGUUUUGCUUAAUCAUAGAACAUUUAGAUAACUGGAUCAAAAAGACCUAUGAACCCCCAAAGCAAAUUUCAUCACAUAAGAAAUGAAAUGCUAAUAAUAAAACAGGAAAAUGUGAUGCUGUGAUUAUAGAUUAGAUUUGAAAAUCUAGAUUUGAAAUAAACCUAUCAAUACCUAUCUGGAAAUAAAUUGUUAUUGCAUGCAAUGAAAAAUUCUCUAGAAUAAGCAUGUCUAAGAUUUCCUUGUUUACAUAAAGGGGUCAGCAGAGUAACUUAAUCUUAAAAUACUGAAUCUGUCAAAGAAAUUUAAAAUGUAUUUUGAUAUUGUGACUGAUAUUUUUUAAUAAAGAAAUUUGAAACAUA